CCACCCACCCCCUCGUGUACCGUUAUCGGCCUUCGCAAUGCGUCAGCCACGACACUACAGUUCAACCCCCAGACAUCGUGCCCUCUCACUCCACCGUCACCCGUCCUGCUCCCACCCCUCCCCUCUCCCCGUGGGGGGGGGGGGCAUCCUGAGCCCCCCUCCCUUCCUCUCUCUCUAGGGUGGAGUUGGAAUGAGGAGUCGCGCCCCGUUGCCUUCCUCGGCACUGCCUCCUCGCCCUCCACCGUGCAGGUAAAGCGCACGCGCACCGAGUGCCGCCGGUUAACUCGACGUUCCCAGGCCGGUGGACUCGACGUUCCCAGGCCCGGUGCCUGCCACCCUACCCCCCCUCCCCCGCCUUCUUCCCCCCUGUUUAAAUCAAACACCCCCAUCGUUGGGGUCCCUCUCUCGAUGGCUGACCGCGAGGAGCUGGGUCGGCAGUACGCGGAGGGACGGCGCCACCGCCUCUCGUCCGUGUGCCCCAGCCCGGUUGGCUCGGGGCAGUUCCCGGGCAUCGGUUUCCCCCCCGGGCGGACUGCCCCCAGUAAGGGCCACUCGCUUCGCCGCCUGUGCUGCUGCUGCCUGCCCGCGCGCCGUGCCCCGGGAGGCGAGGACGACCACACGGCACCGCUCAGCUCCGCGAAGAAUCAGCACGCCGCGGAGGAGGAGGGGGCCGAGGAGGAGACCGAGCUGCUGGGGGAGCGCCUGGCCGUGUUGCGCGUGGAGAGCGCGGGGAAGGAGGAGGCGGCGCGCGAGCACCGCACCGGCGGCUUCGCGCAGCCGCAGCUCGUGCUGCGGCGCGGGGCCCCGUUCCGCCUGCGCCUCAAGCUGAGCCGUGCGGUGCAGCGACACCACGACUCCAUCGUUCUCGAGUUCAGCACCGGUCUGUCCCCGCAGCUGCGCAAAGGGACACUCAUCCAGGUCCCCUUGCGCUGGGAGCUGCCGCCUGAGCAGCAGGAGGGCGCGGGAGGCCAGCGGGACGGAGGCGCGGAAGGCCAGCGGCAGGAGGGUGGGGGGGAGGAGGGGGGCGGGUGGAGCGCCGUGGUGGAGCGCGAGGAGGAGCGCGCGCUGCACGUGCUCGUGCGCUCGUGCCCGCGCUCCGUGGUGGCGCGGUACGAGGUGGCCGCGUGCGCACACAGCGAGACCGCGGUGGAGGAGGUGCGCUCCAAGCGAGAGCCACUCAGCGUCUACAUCCUCUUCAACCCGUGGUGCCGCGAGGACACGGUGUACAUGGAGAGCGAGGAGGAGAGACAGGAGUACGUGCUGCGGGAGACGGGGCUCAUCUACUAUGGCACAAAGGAGCAGAUCAGCGCGAGGCCAUGGGUCUUCGGACAGUUCGGGAAGGGCAUACUUGACACGUGCCUGCACCUGCUGGACCGCGCCAACAUGCCGCUGUACGGACGCAACGACCCCGUGAACGUGGCGCGCGUCGUGUGUGGCAUCGUCAAUUCGCAGGACGACAGCGGAGUGCUGGAGGGGAACUGGUCCGGGGACUACACCGAGGGCACCUCGCCGGCCGCGUGGACCGGCAGUGCCGAGAUCCUGCUGGGCUACCACAAAGGAGCGCGGCCCGCGCCCGUUCGCUUCGGCCAGUGCUGGGUCUUCUCCGGGGUCACCACCACCGUGAUGCGCUGCCUGGGCAUCCCGUGUCGCAGCGUCACCAACUUCUGCUCGGCGCACGACACGGACGUGAGCCUCACGACCGACGUCUACGUGGACGAGAAGAUGAAGCCGAUAGACGACCUCAACACGGACUCCAUCUGGAACUUCCACGUGUGGAACGAGUGCUGGAUGGCCCGGCCUGACCUCCCGAUGGGAUACGGGGGGUGGCAGGUGAUCGACACGACCCCCCAGGAGACCAGUCUAGGGUUCUACCGGUGUGGCCCCGCGUCCGUGAACGCGGUGCGGGAUGGGCAGGUGCAGCACAAGUACGACGCUCCCUUCGUGUUCGCAGAGGUGAACAGCGACCGCGUGUACUGGAUGAAGCAGCCUGGAGGGGAGUUCUCCGUGCUCAGCGUGGACAAGCAGGCGGUGGGGCACUGCAUCAGCACCAAGGCCGUGGGCUCGCACGAGAGAGAGGACAUCACCGGCCUCUACAAACACCCAGAGGGCUCCAAGGAGGAGCGCAUUGCCGUAGAGACCGCGUGCUCGCAGGGCUCCAAGGCGAACAUCUACAAGGUUCCGGGCACCGCCCAGGACGUCCGCCUCCUGGUGAAGCCGCCCGUCGACGAGGUGGCGCUAGGCCGCGACUUUGCGGUGACGCUCGAGCUGGCCAACCUCGACGCCGACGAGACGCGCACCGUGGUGCUCUUCUGCGCUGCGCACGGCAUGCACUACACGGGCGUGCUGCGCGGCCGCGUCAAGCAGCACUCCUGGGAGGUGCAGCUCGCGCCCGGGGAGGAGUGCACCCUGAGCCUGCCCGUGAGCGCGAGCGAGUACCUGCAGUCGCUGGUGGACCAGUGCGCGAUGCUCUUCACGGUGACGGGGCGCGUGGGGGAGACCGGGCAGACGCUCGCCACGCAGAGGAGCUUCCGCGUCAACUUCCCCGCGCUCGGCGUCACGGUGGACGACAGGGACGCGGUGCGCGUCGGGAACAAGGCGCUGGUGAAGGUGUCCUUCACGAACCCCCUGCCACAGCCGCUGCGCGCCGUCACGCUGCGCCUCGAGGCCGCGGGGCUGCUGGAGCCCACGCUCAUCCAGCACGGGGAUGUGCCCGGGGGGGGCUCCGUGUACCGCACUGUGGCGGUGGUGCCGCGGGUGGCGGGGGUCGCCACCCUCCUCGCCACCCUCGACUCUCACCAACUCAUCACGGUGCACGGGGAACUCGAGCUGCUGGUCAAGGCGUGACGCUCGUGCACACGCCCGCGUGCUUGAACAGACGCACGAGGAAUGACCGACACGUGCUCGUGUGUGCUCGUGUGUGCACGUGUGUGCUCGUGUGUGCACGUGUGUGCACGUGUAUGCUCGUGUGUGCUCGUGUGUGCUCGUGUGUGCUAGCACGUGCGUGAUAGUGCAUCUACCAACACGCGCUCGCGUGCGCAGCCAUCUACUCUUGUGCGCACACGUAUGGGUACGCGUGCCCGCGUAUGUGCACGCGCACUCUUGUACACACACACACACGUGCCCGUAUAAGUACACACGUGCACACGAGAUUGUGUACAACGCUUGUCACGACAGCUUGUUAAGGCUAUGGAUGGGCAGGGGAGGGAUCCUUUGAUUGAAUGCAAAACACGAAUGACACACUCACUCACUGUGCGCGCGCUCUCACGCUGUACGCGAGUUCGUAGAGUACACGUGCUCGUAAGCGCGCCCGUCGUGUAAGUAGGACACGCGCUUGCACAUGCACAGCACUCGAAUACACACUUCAGCCGAUAUGUACACGUGCGUGCCUACUCGCACGUGGUCGUAUAAGUAAGCCUAAUCGUAUUUGCCUACGUGAACUGAACAUGUACGUCGCGUAGAACACUAUGUGGCUUGUAAAGAAAACAACCGGCGACGUUUCGGGCAAUGGCCCUUCUUCUAAGCACACUAUAUAUGCGGGCUCGCGAUAGCACACGUGCUCGUACGCACACACACAGCUGCACACACACACGUCGACACACCCAGACACGCCCGCUCACAAGUGGAAGUAUGAAGCAUUGAACCGAGAUCUCUAUAUGAGGGGCAAAGAAUUCGGUGCCAAUGGGCGAUGAAGGAAGCGGAGGCGGGGAGGCGAUUGCUAAAUGUUACACCGAGAGACGGAGAGAGGAGCAAUGUGGAUUAGAGAACGGCUUAAAAAAGUGGCCUUGGCGAAGGGGGCUUCGUGUCGAGAUGGGACGAUGGCACAUGGGCGAGACCGGUCACGGAAUGGCAGCUAAAGGAGGGCGACCACCUCAGCGAUGGAGCGACGGGAUCGGUCCGCGUGAAGGAGCGGCGGGACGGACCGUGGUGACGUCGCGGAACAUUCGGGGCUUGCGUCGGUGCUGGUGAGGCGUUCAUCUAGCAGUGGAUAGAACAAGUGGUCGGCAACCAAAAUAGCAAGAAGAUAUUUUUUUCUUUCGAAUUCGCUCAAAACAACUCGAUAUUUCAAGAAGCCGCAGUGCGCUGUGUGGUGAAUACGAGACCGUGGCGUGUCCUGAAUCAACAACUGUCACGAAUGUUAGUCCUUAAAGAGCCUCAAUGUGGCUCAUGAGCCGCAGCUUGCCGACCCCUGGGAUAGACCGUGGAUGAUGAUGCGCAAAGACAAAGAUCCCCCGUAUAGCCUCGGCAAACAGU